CGACUACAUCUAACCUACAUGAUCGUCCUUUAUGGCUCUUGUUGCUUUCAAAAAAGGAUUACUGUUGAACAUGCAUAUCAUACGUCGAUUAUAUCUGACACCAAGGUGCCGCCAGAUCAAAUCCACUUCCUCAAACUCUAGCGCUUCGAUCACCACAUCGAUUCACCGUUAUGCUAGCUCCAAAGAUAGAACAACUCAGAAUGGAGAAUCAAACAGUAAUGACUUGGUCGAAGAUAAAGUAAUUGAGAAAGACGUCAAAAACCAAGGAUCCUUAUCUAAAAACCCUUCACAUCAGACGUCCGCAGAACCCAAAAGCACAGAAGGACAGCAGAAAUACUAUAGCCUUAAGAAUUAUCGAGAGGGGCCUAACACCGAAAGUGGUGAAUUAGGCAGUAAACGUGAUGAGGAAGGAGUUAAAGCACAUAAUAAGGAUAUGAAAGAUAGGCAUGACAGGUAUUAGUUCUUGUCACAGUGAGACUCAAGGGUACUUACAAGAUCCGACCGGGUAAUGAUUUACAUCAUUGAGAGCCCUGGCCGUAAGGAUGAAAUAUAUUAUUCUUAUCUUGCAAUCGUAACUUUAGCAAUUCUAAAUGCAGUCCAGAAGAAUGCAUAAGGAGAUGUGAGCAAGAUGUACUUAAAAUGUGCACUGAGUAUCAGAAAGAUAACAACAAUCGCAACUAUAAUUAUUU